UGUUUUCAUUCAUUCUAUUCCCUAAACUAAACGCUUGUUCCAUUUUUAGCCACACCGAAUUUAGAACCAGACCAAAAUCUAAGAAACACAACAACAUCGUUGAAUUGAAAAAACAUAAAUAAGAAACUACCUUAUUUUUGUGUGUGACUCAUUCUUCGUAUCUAUUACGCUUUCAUCUCUAAUUAUAGACAAAGAAAACCGCAAUGAGGGUUGUUUGCAUUUCAGGCUAAACUGAACCAAACCAAACAGAACCAAACCAAACGGACCGUCUUGAAAGUUUGAAGAAGACGAAGAAAAAGGCUAAGAAUGGCAUCUCCUGGUGUUGAAAUUGCGUCUUCUUCGCCGUUUGGUUGUGUUUUGAGAGAUCGUAAUCACCGCGAUGGAUAUAGAGAGAGUAGCAAAGUUAAGGCUACGCAAGGUGCUUUUCAAAGAAACAUUAAGAACUUUGUUAUGGAUCAUCUCAACACGUGCAUUUCCAUGUCUUCUGAUUCUCAGACAACAAAUGAAAACAACAAUGAGGGUCAGAUUAAUAGUAACAAGAACAAUGAUGAUGGUUCUUGUUGGGUUUCGAAACCUGGUAACAAUCUUGCGAAGAUUCGUUUGACAAGAAACAGUCCUAAUGAUAUCAUCAACAAUAAAGAAGAAUCGAGCUUGGCUUCGUUGAUUAGCCCGAGGCAUUCGCGGCUUCUUGAUCGAUGGGCAGCGAAGCAAGCUCGCGAGAUGGUGUCGACGUUGGAGAAUGAAGCUGAAUUGUUGUCCAUUGACAACACCAAUGAGGAAAUGCCUCUAAGGACAACUAGUUCUACUACCUCUGACGAAUGCUCUUCGGAGAUAUCGAACCUUGGCGCGUCUUCGCUUGUUCAGAUAUGGGAAAAAAGGCUUAACCAACCGAGUGGUUCCAAAUCCAAUACUCCAAUGGAGAAAACUAGUCCAAAUGGUGGUACAAGUGCGACUUGCAACAAUGAGAGUGUAUUUGUUGGGGUGGAACAACGAGGGUCGGAAAUUGGAGAGUGUCUUGAAGGACAGUUAUCAGGGAACGAAGAAUCGUUUUCUUCGUUCCCUGAUUGGGAGUCUGAUAAAACAGGUGAACAAAGUAGGUGGUGUUCGUCAGGUGAACAAAGUAGGUGGUGUUCGUCAGAGAGUGAUAGAGUCAGUGUUGCUGAUAUCAUAAAGAAACUCACUGCUACGAGCCAAACUCCAAGUUCAUCUAUAUAUUUCGACGCUGACAACGACAAUGAAGGGUGUGGUGGUAAUAGCAGCGUGGCAUGUUCUCCUUGUAAGGAGUUUGCACCAGAACUUUCGGAACAAAGAGCUUUUCCUCAGGUGACUUGUUCGCCAAGAAUUAGAGGGCGUCGAGCCUUCAAUGAUUUGUUUAUGCAGUUGGAGAAAGAUCGACAUGGAGAGCUAAAGAACCUGGCCGAACGUGGAACGGUAUCCAAGUUCACACAAAGAGGUCGCAUUCAGGCAUUACUACGACUUAAAUCAACUUCGUCUGAAGUAAGCAAACAAGUACAAUCACAGGGAUCUGCAAUUAUGCAACUAAGGGAAAAAUUUGUUAAUGGUGUGGAACAAAGAAGUACAGUCCAGGCAGAAGUAGCGAACAUACGAAAACCUUGCAAGGAGAUAGUAGACAACAUCGCACAACUAGAAAACUCUUCCACCACUGAUCAACUCAGCAAAGAUGCAAGCAACGAGAUUGCUCAUGGAACUACGAGUCACGCCAUGGAAUCGAUACACAAGUCGGUGUCUCUUACUAGAGAAGAAGAUCAGCCAAGUUCAAAUAUCAAAUCUCAAGAAACAUGUUUUGAGCCUCAACAUGAUUAUGCAAAGGAAACUUAUGAGGCAGCUACGUCGGUGACUGAUUCAAAUGUUAAUGAGAAAGAGGAAGAGGAAAUUAGCCAGCAAUAUUAUGAAACCGGUUAUGAUUGUGCAGAAGAAGAGGAGGGAAGUAACCAGAACUAUGCUGAAAGCAAUUGUGAAGAGAACUAUGAUGGAAGUAGUUAUGACUGGUUCAGCGAAAUUUCUCGGCCGAGAAGCUAUUGGGAAGAGCGAAGGCAAGCUUGGUAUAAAGAGAUGCAAGAAACUGGUUCUCCAAAUGACGAUAUACAAGUGCUUCUUCAAAGAAGGACAGUAUCGAAUUUCCUUUCGAGUGACUUCCGAGAAAAAAUGGAUAGAUUGAUGCAAUCUCAUAAGGGAACACAAACACAUUUAGUCGCUAGUCAAGACGAUGAGAUAGACAACGAAGCGUUGAUGGCGUUUUUCAAAGAACACCUGCAACCUGAAAGAACUCCUCGAGAGAAUGAAAUAGAGAAAACGGAAGACGAAGAAGAGGAAACAGUAAACGAGGAAGAUGAAGAAGAAGAAGAGGAAGAGAAGCAAGAUGAGAAAGAGCAUGAAGAGGAGCAAGGAGGGGAGAGCUUGGUAAGUGAUUCGUAUCAUGAAGUCGGAGACUACUCAAAUCAAUCCUCAGCAUGGAGUUUUAGAGACAAUGAAGCCGGUGAUGAUUUCGAUAGAGUUGCGUCUACAUCUUCACAACAACCUGAUCAAUCUCCGCCUUUCUAUCAUGACAAUACUCGGCGAAACUCCCCGCCAAUCAAUCAUCAUUCAAUUGAAAUGGAAAUCAUAUACGAUAUGAGAGGACACAUGGAGCAACUUUAUCAAGAAAUGUCUGAACUAAGGAAAUCAAUAAAGAGUUGCAUGGAUAUGCAGAUGCAGAUGCAAUCACAGGAAAAGAAAUCACAUAACAAAGCUGGUAAAAAAGGAAACUGCUGCAUUUGCAAUGAGGUGAAAGCUGACUCAGUUUUUUACAGGUGUGGACACAUGUGUGCAUGUUUGAAGUGUGCCAAUGAGCUACAAUGGAAGAAUGGAAAAUGUCCAAUAUGUCGGGCUAAUAUAGACGAUGUUGUUCGAGUGCAGGUUGAUGUUUAGACUGACAUGGUUGAAAGAGUAUCUUACUUUAGAAGACUAUCAUCCUUAGUUCUAAAACUUAGUGAACUGCUAACACAAUUUAACACUAAACUUGAUUUUCUCCUUUUCACAUGUACUUUCCAAGUAUAUGUUUUUUUUAGGAGAAUUUUGGUUGAAAGAAAUCAGUGUACAUCUUAUAGUUUUAACCUAACUUUUUUUUCUUGCUGAAAUAUAAAUUCGCAGUUGCGGAUUUUUUUCAGCAAGAUACAUGUUGUAAAUAAUGUAAUUAUUAUUAUUAGUGUUUAUAUAUUAUUUAUAAUUAAAUUA